CGGAUAUAAUGGUUCCGAUACAGUCGCUCUCUCGUGGAGGCGUUCUUCGCAAGCGGCCCAAGCGGCUCUACGAGCGUGCCACAAGUGCCCGGCGUGUCCGCUGACCUCCUGAGGCAUAAAUCACGCCAGUUACACCAACGCGCUGCCGCGCUCACAAUUUUUGUUUUCUUCGUUGCACGCCGCCGCCAUGACGAAGGCCUGCCGAACGAACAGAGCAGACGACGCAUUCGCGGCCGCCGACGCAGACGAUGAACCCGUUUUCCGGCCUCUGCGCCGCAAUAAUUGGACUCCCUUCCGAAAGAGGGGGCGACGUGCCGCACCUGACGAGACCGCCCGCAGUACCGAAGAGCAACUGAAUGUAGCUGUAAUCAGUCUGCCGCCAUCUGACGGCGGCUGCGAAAACGAAGCGUUCGAUUCCACUGCGGUGCAACGAAGCGAGGGUCCCUCGGAGCCCGCACUCCCGCCGCCGCAGCGCGAUGCCAACGUCAGUGACGGCUGCGAACCGCCAAGCUACGCAACCGCGCUUCUUAUGACGUCACGGGCCCUCGACCUGCCUUGCGUGUGCUGCUGCCCGGUGGCGUCGCCGUGCGGCGACAUCGCGAACCACGGCGGCGAGCGCGGCGUUCCGCCAGUUCCUCCGGAGAGCCGCGAUGCGCGGGAGGGACCCAUCGGCGAGGAUGCCGUCGGUGUGAGUGGUGUCGCUGCCUCGUCGAGCGUCGCGGGACGCCCUGCAGGGCCCGGGAUACGAGCGGCCACGCUGGCUCGACACCGCAACGACGUCGUGGUGGGCGCCACCCGGCUGGAGCCGGGGCCGGCCCCGCCGCCGCACCACGAAGUGCUUCCCGACAUCCUGAACGCGCACUUGCCGCCGCCGUACGCUACGCUGCCUCCUCCGCCUUCGUCGUCGGCCAGGCGGCACCUACCGCCGCCGCCGAGGCUUAGGCCGCCGCGCUGUGUUGUGGAUACCGAGGUGGUGGAGCCCAAGCAUUGCUGCGGCGUCCUGGUCACGCAGACCGUCAGCAUCCGGUGGUUCAUUGUGAUGAUCGCGUUCGUCGGUCUGUGCUGUGCUAUCGUGGGCACCGUGCUGGGUGCCCUGAAGGCGACCGGGCGCGAGCACCUCACCGUCUCCCUGCUCAUGAUCGGCGUCGGCAUCGUUCUGAUCACGGUGAGCGGCAUCGCAUGGCGGCUGACUUCGCACGAGGCCCCCUCGUGCCGCGCCAUGCUGGGACUGCGCGGCGACGAGCCCGGAGGUCGCCGGUUCGUGCCCAGGGUGCCCCCGUACGGAGGGAGGCCCGGGGGCCACCCCUACGCAGCGAUGCUGUACCCGGAGUUCCAGUACCGGCCCCCUCCGCCGUCGUACCAGGCCUCGAUGCAGGAGUACCGGCUGCGGCUGCUUCUGCUGGACCGGCAGGGCGGUCCGCCCACCCUGCCCACCCCGGUGGCACUGGCCGCCCACCACCACCACCACCAUCACCACCACGCGGUGCCCGCCCCGCCCCCCGUGGUGCCGCCCCCCGCCGCGGUGACCUCGCAGCCCGCGCCCAUGCUGUCUCCGGUGUCCCCGCCGCCCACCUACCGGUCCGGGCUGCACGCCAGGCCCGCCCUGUCCUUCCCGCCGGCAGAGCGCGAGCCGAGCCGCCCCCCGAGCUACCGGUCGCGCACCAGCUCGGCGGCGGGCGGGGGAGGCAUCCUGCGCUCGUGCGUCGGCGGCAACGCGUCGUGCAGCCAGGACACGCUGGCCACCGUGAGCCCGGCCGAGGACGAAGACCAGCGGCACAGCCGCAACCCGUCGCUGACGCUGAGCACGCUCUCGCACGAGGAGCAGCCGUCGCCCGCCGCCGCGACGAGCCAGCCCGCCGCAGCGGACACCCUGCGCCGGAGCUGCUACAACGCCGGCGUGCUCGGGGUUAGCGGCGGCAGCGUGUCGUCAUCCAACCGGAACACGCCGAGCCCUCCACCGGGCAGCUCGUCCAGGGCGCCCGACCCGCACCUGCUGCGCAAGAACCACGACGUAAACACGGUGACCAUCGUGCAGACCACGGACACGUCGCAAGUCAUCAACCAGGACACCGUGAUCGUGUCAGUGUCGGGACACAAUGCGCGCACGCUGGUGCUGCCCUCGGGACACUCGGAGGUGCAGGUGACUCUCGCGCACGUCUGACACGCGGCCACGCGGCGCCCUUCGCCGCCGCCGGACGACGCUUCCACGUCGUACGCCUGCGCGGGCAGGCACUGCGGCUGCCGGCGCCCACACGUCGCCCAGGACGACCGACCGGCGACGCGGGACGACAGGCGGCGGCGGCGCCGGGCGCGAGACGACGGCAUGCCGAUAUGCCAUGACUUUCUGCAGACUCCUGGCUACUCCUUAUGGAGACUGCAUGAACAGGGCAUCUAAGACUGUCUCCAAGCUCUCUCCUGUUUGAUCUGCCAGUCAACCUUCGAGCAUCCAGAUUCCUGAGCU